AUGUCAAAUGUAAGAACUGAUGCCAACAGCAUCCUCUUGGUGGCGUUGCUGUCGAUGGCAAGUUGGUUGCUUGUUUCGUUCGUGUCUGUUUUUCCUGCUGGUACUGGUGGUGAUGUCGGAUACGAUCGUGGCGGUGAUGGUGGACGUGCACGAGUUGUGGCCAUAGAUUCGGUGAUUAAUGGUUGCGAGCAGCAGCGAGCUAAACUUCCCAAUAAUUCACUUGACUUUUUUUUUGAUAUUACUGAUGGUAAGGUUUCUUCUAUUUUUUACAUUUGGGCUGGUGGCCGUGUUAUUUUUGUUAUUCCUUUUUCAACACGCGUGGUUGUUCGAUAUUUCAUUUUAUUUUUCUUUCAUUUUCUUUCUCUUACUUUUUUUAUUUAUUCUUUUUCUUUCUUUCUUUUUUCUUUCUUUCUUUCUUUCUUAUUAUUUUUUCCUUUUUAUCUCUGUUUUGAUAUUUUUUUUCUUAAAUUUCUUUAUUUAAUUCGUUUUCUUUUUCGUUUCAUUCUUUUUCUUUCUUUCUUUCUAUCUUUUAUCUUUCUUCAAUCUUCCAUUUUCUUUUUUUAUUAA